AUGAGGGGUCCAGGAGAGAUCCGAUUCAAGGAGAUACGCCACCACUCGGCAACAGAAGAAUACUUCGACAUCUCCAAGUCCCUACUAAGUCACGCACCUGGUUCGAUCCAUCACGAUGAGAAGAGGAUGAUGGAGGCUGGCCAGUACACGUACCCUUUUCAGUUCCACGUUCCCGCCAUCUGCCCAACAUCGUUCGAAGGUCAGUAUGGCUAUGUCAGAUAUUGGGUCAAGGUCACAAUAGAAAGACCUUGGAAGAAAGAUAUCUCCGCAAAAAAGAUCUUCACUGUUAUCAGUCCUUUAGACCUCAGUCUGGAGCCAAAUGCAGCGCAACCAGCUUACAACACCAGAGAGAAACACAUUUGCUGUAUGUGUUGCAUGUCAGGGCCGAUCACAGCCACGCUGAGGCUCAGUCAGAAAGGCUACGUCCCAGGGGAGACCGUCACAGUCAGCGCAGAAGUCAACAACAGUUCACGGAGAAAGGUGGACAGCAUUUCUGUGGAGCUGCUGAUGACUACAACUUUUCACACACCCCACAAGUCGCGAUCUGUGACACAACAAGUUGCCAGGCUGCACCACGGCAGUUUAGCUUCUGGCAAAAGUGAUAAAUGGGAAGGAGACAAUUUCUCCGUUCCCUCUCUUCCCCCGUCGUACUUAAGUGGUUGUAGCAUUAUGGAAAUCAAGUAUACAUUGGAGCUUCGUGUCUUCCCAGUGGGUCCAGCAUUUGAGCUGGCAGUCCCUCUAGAAAUUAUCAUCGGAACAGUUCCUUUACGUCCAACACUGGAAAGUUACUUGCCAGUUCACCAGAAGACAUCAUUAACACCAUCUCCAGUACACAAUGGAGCUGCAAUCACCCAGACAGAUGACCACAGAACAUCUCAGCACAUGUCCCAUACAUACUCUAUAUCACAAAUGAGCCACUUCUACAUGCAUGAUGAUGAUGAUGACCAAUGUUCACUGAUGGCCAAUUAUGUCCCAAGAUACACCAUGUACAACUUUCAAGGAAUGCCCUCCAAGCGACAGCACACUGUUAGAUUUGCAACCUGA